UGUUGCCCUCCAUCCUUUUCUUCUCCAUGCCCAGAGGCCCUUGAGGAGGCUGAAUGAUACUUUCUUACCCAGGCCUAAGCUACAAGACUGCUAUCCGUUACACCAAUAGGGGUUAAACUGAAACAGCUGCUGUGACCAAGAUGACACCAUACAAAUUACCUGUGAUUUUCUGUCUCUGCGGUUGUUUGGUGCAGGUCCAUCCCUUUGUCUGGUCAGACCUAGAUCCAGUUAAGCAUAUAAAAUCAACAGGGUGGUAUCAUAAAAUACGGAACCUAAUGAGUUCUGUGUUCUGUGACAAACAUCAGAUCCCUAAAGGAAAAGGGUCUUACUCCGUGGGAUGCACAGACUUGAUGUUUGACUUUACUGCUCAGGGCAGCUUACUACGUCUCUAUUACCCUUCCAAAGAUGGUGAAUAUCACAGCACUGUGUGGAUCCCCAAUAAAGAAUAUUUUUUAGGUCUUAGUAAUUUUCUUGGAUUGCACAGGCUCAUGGGCAAAUUCAUCGCCUACUGCUUUGGUUCAGUGACAACUCCUGCAAAUUGGAAUGCACCUUUGAGGAUUGGAGAAAAAUACCCACUUAUUAUUUUUUCUCAUGGACUUGGAGCGUUCAGGACAAUUUAUUCUGCUAUUGGGAUUGAACUGGCAUCUCACGGGUUUAUAGUUGCUGCUGUAGAACACAGAGAUGAAUCGGCGUCAGCAACUUUUUACUAUGAAAAUGAAUUUGCUGCAGAAAGAGAUAAUAAGUCCUGGCUUCCCUACAAGCAUCUCCAAACACAAAGUACGGAGUACAUUCAACGUCAUAGACAGGUACUUCAAAGAGCAGAGGAAUGCUCUAAAGCUCUUAAUUUGAUCCUUGAUAUUAACGGGGGGAAAACAGUGAAGAAUGUUUUGGAUUCCACAUUUGACUUACGGCAACUAAAGGAUGCUAUUGAUAAUAAGAAAAUAGCAGUAAUGGGACAUUCCUUUGGUGGAGCCACAGCUAUUCAGUCUCUUAGUGAAGAUAAGAGAUUCCAAUGUGGUAUUGCCCUGGAUGCAUGGAUGGUCCCUUUAAGUGACGAGCUGUAUAGUAGAGUUCCCCAGCCACUCUUCUUUAUCAACUCUGAAAGAUUCCAGACUGCAGAAAAUGUCAUGAAAAUGAGGCAAUUCUACUUAGGUGGUAAAGAAAGAAAAAUGAUCACUAUCAAGGGAUCAGUCCAUCAGAACUUUCCUGACUUUACUUUUGUGACUGGUAACAUACUUGGAUAUAUAUUCUCAUUAAAAGGACAUAUUGAUUCAGAUGUAGCCAUUGAUUUAAGCAACAAAGCAUCAUUAGCUUUCUUGCAAAAGCACCUAGGUCUUCAGAGAAAUUUUAAUCAAUGGGACCAUUUAAUUGAAGGUGAAGAUAUAAACCUCAUUCGAGAUAGCAAUGCUGAUUCAGUUUACAUUUCUGAGUGCCUGGAAUAAAGAAAUGUGCAGUGUUGACCAACCCAUUUUUCUAAAAAAACUAAAUUAUGUUUCUCCGAGCCCAUAGUUUUUUUUUUUUAACUAUUGCCCACAUACUUCUUAAAAUAUAGACUAUGCUAUAAUCAUUAGUUAAGAUUCAUCUUGAUUAAAGUGGCUGAAGUUUAUUAUUGCUUAAAUUCAAAGGAGUUCGGUAUACAGAAUUCAUAGCAGCCUGUAUUUUUAUUAUCCUCAUAUUUUGAAGUGUUAAUGUUUAUAAGACAUUUCUAUAUUGUCAGCAUUUUCUUUUCUGAUGAAAGGCUAAUUCAAGUGGUGAUUGGGGCCCCUCUCAUAGUACAGUGAAGCAGCAGGAAAGACCUAUGAGCAAAAAUAAUUGGGUUGAUACUAUCUUGAUUAUCAGGAGACAAAGAGGAAGUAAGGGAUAGCAGCGGAAGUUGUUGUCACACUUACUUCCUUUUACGUUUCAGAUAUGAGGCACUAAACACCCUUGAUCCAAGGAAAGAAGGAUCAGGGAGAAAGUGCCAUUCUGGGUACUGAUUGGUCUCUGCCCCAGGUACCCCAGGUGGUAUCACUGUCCCCAAACUAAUGACUACCAGACACUUAACAGUCCAUAGGAGAUAGGAAUAUGAAAAGUACAAGGAAAGACAGCUAGAUGGGAAAAGGAAGCAGCCAGAUGCUGCUAGUUGCCCCUUCAACAUAAUCCUUUGUCUAGCAAGGAAGAAAAACAAAACACAUUCCAUUUUCUGAGCAAAGAAUUCCGUAAAGGAAAAAAGAUUUAACAAGGAAAUAUCUAUCAGGAUAAUUAUAGUACAUAUUCAAGAAUUUUAUGAGAAUAUUUUCUCUUGUUUUUAAUUUUAAAAUAAAAAUUAAAAGAUUGUAUAUAAAAUUGUUAUGGGUUAAAAACACAAAUACAUUAUUCACUGGAGCCCAGAUUCUUGACAGAAAACUGCUUUUUUGAGAUCUUAACCAAACAGUUUCAUUUUCACAUCAGUAUUUUUAUCAAUGAUAUUCUGAUUCCAAUUAGAUAGGAAGGGUCUAAGAAAAUUGAGGGUGGUGUGGAGUGUGGGAAUAUAGAAAAAUACAUACAUUGGAUCAUCAAUGCAGAAGGAAACUUGGACAUCCUGUAGUCCAAUCUGCUCCUUUUUAAAAUAAGAGCCAGAAAAUAAAGAUACCCAUUGAUUGGGAAUAGCUUAAACAAGUACAUGAAUGAAAUGAAAUGUGACUGUACUACACAAAACAAUGAAUGAUGAAUACAGAGAAGCACGGGAAGAUGUGUAUGAACUGAUGCAAACUGAAUAAGUAGAACCAGGACCAACAUACACAAUGUAAUGACUACAAUGAAGUAAAUAGAAAACAAAUGAGGGUGAAUGUUGUGAAAUUUUAAUCUCCAAGACUGAACCCCCAAAAGACAUGAGAAGCCAUGUCUUCCCCUCUACCAUCUUUUUCUUUUUAAGCAGUGGAAGAUUGCAGGUUUGGAACACCACAGAAGUCAACUUUCAAUGUAUUGUGGACCUGUUUUUUUCUUCUCUUUUUUGUUAUAAGAGAUGGUUCCCUGGGAGGGGCAGGGAUACAUGGGGAAAUGUAAGUGAUGUAAAAAUGAUAAAAAUCAAUAAAAAUCCCUCAUAUUUUUUCAAAAUGA